CCUCUGUAAGUUGCUCUUAAUACUUUAAUUUUCAGUCUUAUGUAAAUGACUAUUAGGAGUUUUAGUUUAAUUCCAGUAAUAGAGCACCACAGUACUGUUUGCCUCACCAGCUCCAUCCUAAAAGCACUAACGAUCAUAGGGUUCGUGCGCGCGGCGUCUUGGUGCGCCUCAGUGAAGACAGCGAGCCAUUGCUUUGACGUCACGGUGAUGAUGAUGAUUGGAAUCCGCACGGCGAGUGUUGUGCGCGUGAAGCGGCUCCUGUGAACCUCAGUAUGUUGAUGCCUUAAUAACAAGUGUUCAAUUUACGCGCCAGUUGCAGGAGCACUCAAGGAGAGAAGCAAAUCCGUGAGAUGGUUCGGUAGACGUCGAUGUAAUGGAUUUGACUAAAAUGGGUGCGAUCCACCUCCAGAACCCCAGCUAUCCCACAUCGCUCCUGCAGAAGGCCAACCAGAUGCGCCUCUCUGGGACAUUGUGUGAUGUGGUCAUCAUGGUCGACAGCCAGGAGUUUCAUGCCCACAGAACCGUGCUCGCAUGUGCUAGUAAGAUGUUUGAGAUCCUGUUCCACCGCAACAGCCAACAUUACACUCUGGACUUCCUCUCACCAAAGACCUUCCAGCAGAUUCUGGAGUACGCCUACACCGCCACGCUCCAAGCCAAGCUGGAGGACCUGGACGACCUGCUCUACGCCGCAGAGAUUUUAGAGAUAGAAUACUUGGAGGAGCAAUGUCUGAAGAUCUUGGAAACCAUUCAGGCGUCUGAAGAGAACGACACGGACGUGAACAUGAACGAGAACGGCGCCGAGGAUGCCGAUGACCGCAAGAUCAAGUACCUUAAGAGCACAUUUAUCUCUAAAAAGCAUUCCAUACAGGACACCGGCCAUCGCCAUCGCUUGGCACUGGUCAGCAUGGUCGAUAAGAGAUCUUCAGAGUCCAUCCAAGUGGGUCUUUCAACCGUCAACCCGACUAAAGCAGCCGUAGAGGGCCUGAUGAGCAUGGGGCAGUCUGUCCUCCAAGGAAACAUGGCCCAGAGUUUCUCAAACAACCUUGGUAACUCAUCUCCAUUGCUAGAUAAAAUCAAGACUGAGAUGAUGCAGGUAGAUGAGGACUACCAACAUGAUGGUGGCUUCCCCAGGAAUGACUCCAGGCAGCUCCGGGACACUCCUGGAACCCCGACCAGAGGUAGCGUCAUCACCAGCGCCCGCGAGCUCCACUCUGCCGAUAGUUCUGCUGAUUCCCAUGGAGACAGCAGCCAAGUGGGUCUAGUCAAUAUGGCCAGUCUGGCUGAUAGACAUUUCGCUUCGCUGUGCUCUAUCCCGUCCAACCAUAAGAGUGAAAGCAUGCUGCCCUUGCCUGUGUCCAUGGCCUCAUCGCUACAUGUGCCAUCCUCCCUGGCCAUGUCGAUGGAUUUCAGUGCCUAUGGGGGACUCUUCCAUCAGAGCUUGAUUCAGAGGGAGUUCUUAAGCAAGCUUGGGGAUUUCACAGCGAAUGUAAAGCAUGAGGUCCAAACCCAGAAAGAAAGAUGUGAUGUGUGUGAUAUGGAGCUGCCUGAUAAUGAAGCUGCUGAUCAACACAGGAAGUUGCAUGGUGGAGUGAAGACCUUUGGCUGUGAGUUCUGUGGAAAGCAGUUCCUGGACAGUUUACGAUUGAGGAUGCACAUGCUGUCUCAUUCAGCUGGACCAAAAGCACUAGUAUGUGAUCAGUGUGGCGCUCAGUUUUCCAAGGACGACGCCCUGGAAGCCCAUCGACAGACUCACACAGGCUCAGACAUGGCAGUGUUUUGUCUCCUAUGUGGGAAGCGUUUCCAGACCCAGAAGGCUUUGCAGCAGCACAUGGAGAUUCACGCCGGCAUGCGCAGCUACGUCUGCAGCGAGUGCGAGCGCACCUUCCCGAGCCACACGGCGCUCAAACGCCAUCUUCGCUCGCACACAGGUGACCACCCGUUCGAGUGCGAGUUCUGCGGGAGCUGCUUCCGUGACGAGAGCACUCAGAAGGGUCACAAGCGCAUCCACACCGGAGAGAAGCCUUAUGAAUGUAACGGCUGUGGCAAGAGGUUCAGCCUCAAGCACCAGCUGGAGACCCACUACCGCAUCCACACAGGUGAGAAGCCGUUUGAGUGCAAGCUGUGCCACCAGCGCUCUCGGGACUACUCCGCCAUGAUCAAACACCUGCGUACCCACAACGGCGCUUCUCCCUACCAGUGCACCAUCUGCCAGGAGUACUGCCCCAGCCUCUCGUCCAUGCAGAAGCACAUGAAGGCCCACAAGCCCGAGGACGUGCCCCCAGACUGGAGGAUAGAGAAGACCUACCUGUACCUCUGCUACGUGUGAGAUGGGCCGACAAAACCGAAAGAGAAAGUGGCAAGAUGCGCCCAAGAACAAUUCACCUGAAGGUUUGCUUUUGGUCCAGGCCAAAGACGGUGAGGGGUCGUGGUCAAAGUGAUGAAAUGUGAUGUGGAUUUUUUUGACCUUUCGUUUGUGACAUGCAUUUGUGCACAUUUUUAGGAUGUAACUGCACUCGCAAAUGUUUAUGAAAUGGAAAUGUUAUAUGUGAUAAAUGGAUGUGAAUUUUGAGAAAGUGUUAGUAGUACAGUCCACCACUAUGACGAGAAUCCAUUUGUCUGCAUUCCACCCUGUUGAUCGGAGAAAUUCACUGCAUGGUCGUACUUGUAAUGUUUUAUUCAAAUAAGGAUUCUCGUAAUUUUUUUUUAUCUCCACGGACAACACAUAAGCCAUAGAUUUUUAAGACUCCAUGAAAUCUGUCAUAGGGAUCAUCCUGUAGGCUUUAAUUACAUCACAACCAUAAUUUUAAAUGCAUAUCCGUUAAAGGUCAAUGUUUAUAAUACGCUAGCAACCUCAAAGCUAACACACAUGGACUCAAAGUCUCCUAUUUUGAUUUCAUGGAGUCUUAAUGGAGCUAUUCUGAGUCAAAUAAAAACAUGGACCAAAGCUGAAAACAUACACACAUGAUGGAACAGAGGAGCUAAACACAUUAGUGAAUGAAAUUAUGCCCUUUUUUAGUAAAUUGCUCCCUUAAGUUCAUUAUUAGGCUCUCUAGUCCUCAAUUUUCAUGUUUUUUUUUAUAAACGCAUGCGAGGAAAUGCACAGGGUUGGACCCAUUAGUCGUUUUCUUUAAAGCAUAAUAAAGUGCUUAACAAAACAGCUUUUCUCAGUGGUACAUCCAAAUUGUGCUGCCAAGCAACUGUAGUGGAUGUUCAGGGACAUGUAUUAAACCUUAAAUAACUACACUGUGCACUUUCAGAGUUUCAGAGGCCUAUUUUUUUGUUGUUUUCAGCACCAUUUCUGCAUUUAGUGCAUUCAGACGAAGCCAGAGAGGUGAAUCUCUGCGAUUUGCUUUCAUUUCAGUCACUUUCACACCAAAUAGUACAGCAUAUCAGUUGAUUUCUUUUUUUAUGUUCACAUGGUAACAUGACGCAAUCACAGUUUUGCAACUGCAGGCAUUUUAGUCUAAUGAAAUGUUAAUAUCGUACUCAUAAAUCAAAUUAUGAAUUAAAAAGAGAUGAUUUUUUUUUUUACAUUUAAAAACCGCAAUGCAGUAUAUGUUUCUGCAGUCUUCUGCUGAGGAUACCUGUAGUUAGCUCGCCGUUGUAGUUUGUGUUCUGUCAUCUCUGUUCGAACGUUUUACUUGAAUUGCCUAAUUUUGUUACCUCACAUGCUAGAUUUAUUUUUGUAGUAGUCUUUGUCUCUCAUUUCCUGCUGAGCUUUGUUUAAGAGCUGUACAACGCAUUUAGAAUGCCACAUCAUCAGGCCUACACCGAAUCAGAGAGAAAUUUAAGAGAAAAUUGGAAGGUUUGUUCGCAACGUUCUAUAUAUCUGCUGCCCCUUAUGUGUUUAUGUUUUGGUUAAUUGGUAAAUGUUUUAUCUAUCAAUAAGACUGUAGUACUUUACAUUUAAGGCAUUUUACUAUGUUUAAAUGUAUUCUGCACUACUAACAAAAUUGUAAAGGUGUGGUAACAUUUGCCUUUUUGUUUGGCGAAUUUUAACUGGCAAAAUCGCAAUACUAACUCAUGGCAAUACGUAACUAUUUUAUGUUUUGGCAAAUUGGUGACCAAUUGGUGUAAAUUUGUUCAAUCUCAUUUAUACUUUUUGAACGCUCUGCUUACGCCCCAUUGACGGUUAAGUUUAGGGGUGGACCUUCAUGCUUACGUAUUUUUCAAAAAAUCAUCCAUUUCUGCACCAAUCAAAUUGUACAAAUUCAUACAAAAUCACCACUUUGUAAAAUAGUAAAAUUUUCUCAUGAGAUCAGGUUAGAAAUCCAGUCAUUUCAAUAGGAAUCAACAUGAUCAGGAAUUUUACAUGAGGGCGAAAGAUUUCCAUUUUUGCAGAUUUCGCAACAGGUUCAAAAUCGUCUUUUUU